AUGCUCGAUAGGUUGGAAGAUGAUCCAUAUGUGUAUCGGCGGAAGAUAAACCGUUACUACCCUUUCCAAGAUGAAGGCGAAUGGGAAUUAGGGAAGUUCUUGGUUGAAAAUCUAACCCAAACCCAAAUGAUCAAGUUCCUGAAAUUGAAAUGGUUUAACACUCGUGAACGACCAUCUUUCACUACGAAAGACCAACUAUUAGACUGGAUGGACUCACUCCCUUGUUUUAUGGAGUGGGAAGUAUCCAAAAUUGAGUUUUCGGGCUAUAAGACAGUCCAUCCUGUUGAGCUCAUUUGGCGUGAUGCCCUAGAGGUCGUCAAACAACUCUUUGGGGACCCGAUCUUUGUGAAUCAUAUGUCCUAUACUCCUCACAUCAUUAAUGUUGGAAACCAGUGUGAAUAUGGAGAUUAUAUGAGCACUGAUAUGGCAUGGAAAAUUCAGGACUAUCUCCCUGUCGGUGCAACUCAAGUGCCGAUCAUUUUGGGAUCCGAUAAAACGCAUGUAACGCAAAUCACUGGAGGACUCGAAAUGCACCCAGUCUUCAUUACUAUCGGCAACAUUGAUUCAGAGGUUCGCUCCAAGGCAACCUUACGAGCUUGGCGAUGUAUUGCUUAUAUGCCAAUCGCAAAGUUCCGCGUGCACCCGGACUAUCAAAGUAUUCUACAGGCGCGGCUGUGGCAUAAGUGCAUGGAUCUCGUUCUUGCUAAUCUCAAGGCUGCAGCGGCAGAUGGAUGUUUCAUGCCUGACCCUUCCCGACACAUUCAUUACGUUUUUACACCACUCCAUACGCUGCAACUUCUUGUUGACGUAUCCCGCCAAGUUGAUCCUUGGGAUCUGGAUAAAUUUCAGAAAGCGGCCAAAGCUGUCAACCUGUCCGGAGUUCACAUGCGCGAUUGGCCCUACGUGUGUCCAUCUGUCUUCCUCGCUGGUGAAAUCCUACAUACAUGCUUCAAAUUUUUCGCUGACCACCUGCUCAAAUGGACCAAGGAGGUUGUAGGUGCUCAUGAACUUGAUAACCGCUUCAUUGUCCAGCAUAAGCGGGUCGGCACACGUCACUUCGCAAAAGGCGUCACACAUGUCAAGCAAAUGAUGGGCCGUGAAUACAGAGAAAUUCAACGCACCAUUGUUGCAUCAAUUGCAGGUGCUGCUCCACCCCAAUUUGUUCGCUCAAUCUGUGCCAUCAUGGAGUUCAUUUACCUCGCACAGAAUCCGGUUCACUCGCCUGCAACACUUCAGUCGAUGGAGCAGGCUCUUUCAGACUUCCAUUCGUUCAAGGGCACUAUUAUCGAGGCCGCAGCAAGGAAGGGGAAGAAGGGCAUCAAAGAGGAUUUUUUUAUUCCCAAACUCGAGCUACUGCAAAGCUUCAAGGGUACAGUCCAGCGAUUAGGCACUUUGAUGCAGUUCUCGGCCAAUACAACAGAGCGCUUGCUGAUCACACAUUGUAAGGAUCUUUUCUCCCAGACGUCUCGCCAAAGCAAAGACUUCAUGGAGCAGUGCGUGCGGCUUCUUAACUGCCAAGAAUCCAUGGAAGUUUUCGACCUGUAUGCCCUAUUGACUUCUCGUGGGGUGCCAUUGGUCAAUGCCAUGCAUGCCGAGGAGGAGGAGGUUGCGGUAACUAACCCUGCACUCUUGUGGGUUUCCCGUGUUCUUCCCGACGAAGUCAAGUCGGUUCAUGGUCCCCGACCAGUCCGUAACCAUUUCCUUAAAGGCAUCCUCUCUGGAGACGCACGGACCGCUUUUCAAGUGAAUGUCACUCCAGACUACAGAUCAAUGUUGCCAACUGAAAUAUGCACAAAAUACACGCUCCCCAACUUCAAUUGUGCACUCGCCAACUUUAUCGCGCGUUCAUCAUCGUCCAGUGGCGAACAUGCCUGCUGGGACCCCAGAUAUGGGCGCUACCAUGCUUGGAACAAAUUUCGGCUGCAACUUCAUUCAGCCUUCCAGCAACACGUCAUCAUGCCAAGCAGAGUCGUGCAAGCGCACCCGCCAAGUGAUGAUUUUCCCUUUGGCAAUUGUGACACUGUUCUCAUCGAUGCCAUGGGAAUUAAUGGCAAAACGACAAGUCGUGUUGCACAGGUUCGACUGGUUUUUCAACCGGUGGCUCGACGAGGCUCCAAUCUAGAACUACCAUCUUAUCUAUCUGACCCACUUCUCUACAUCAAAUUUUUCCGCUUCGUUUCCAGUCCUGAUGACCAGCCCAAACUCGCGAUGUGGACUGUUGAGCACGCAUACACGCAGGAUCAAAACGGCAACCGUCAUAGAGAGGGGGCUGUUGUACGAGUGACGGAUGUAACACUUGCAGUUGAACUCAUACCAUGCUUCGGUGAGAAAGUGGCUGGUGAUGUUUCAUCAACCACUUGUUUGGAAUGUUACGAGUGUUUCUUUCUGAACAACUUUGCGGACAAAGAAAGCUAUCAUACAUUUAGUACUGAAUUUGUGUAG